CUUUCUGCUGUUUGAGUCAAUGCUGGACUCUGUGCUUUACGCCAGAGAUCGCUACCUUGCAGACGAUGGUUUGGUCUUUCCAGACCGAUGCAGCAUCAGCCUGGCGGCGGUGGGCGACACUCAGAAACACAAUGACCGCAUUGCAUUCUGGGAAGAUGUGUAUGGCUUCAAAAUGACGUGCAUGAAGAAGGCUGUGAUACCAGAGGCCGUGGUGGAGGUGUUGAAGCCUGAGACGGUCAUUUCAGAAUCUACAGUGAUUAAGACUAUCGACUGUGGCUCAGUGUCGGUCUCUGAGCUGGAGUUCAGUGUGGACUUCAUCCUGAAGAUAACGGCCAGCAGCUUCUGUACAGCCAUCGUGGGCUAUUUUGACAUUUUCUUCCACAAGAGCUGCGGAAACAAGGUCAUGUUCUCCACUGCUCCAAACUGCACUAAGACUCACUGGAAACAGACGGUCUUCUUAUUAGAAAGUCCUGUUGCUGUCAAAGCCGGAGAAGAUCUUCCAGGGCACAUCUCAGUGCGUAAGAACAGAAAAGACCCCAGAGCGCUGCUAAUCACACUCAACAUUGCUGGCCACAAGCAAACCUACAGCCUUCAGUGAAGAGGUUGCGUUAUAUGCUUCGAGCAAUCCAUGGUUUGAUAACUGUAACAUUCUAUUAAACAAGUUUUUUUUCUA